CUCCUUGAAUCCUCUUCACAGAAAAGCUCGAUUUAUUUCUCUGCAAAUCUCUCUCUCUCUCUCUCUCUGUCUACUGAAAAAUGAUGUGCAUUGUACUAGCAAAUCUGUUCCGCCAAUUUUGAAUCUAUACAAGCUCCGUCUUUAUCUCAUGGAAGAUCUCCCCGAAGAUUCUUCUCACACUUGUCAACAAUCCUCCCUUUCAAAUCACGACGACCUACGAUUCUACUUCGUCCCCUAUCGGUGGUGGAAAGAGGCACAAGACUCUUCUUCGUGGCUUGAUUCGGAUGGGAAGAGAGGGAUUUUGUACACGGCGUCGUCGGCGUCAUUGUUUGCCGGCCCGAUGAAGAUAAUCAGCAACAUAUUUAACUCAGAUCUUGUGUUGAAUUUGAGGAGGGAGGAUGAUUCUGUGCAUAAUAAAGAGAAUGGUGGUGAAGUUGGGAUCUCGGGUCGGGACUAUGCUUUGGUUACUGGGGAAAUGUGGUUGCAAGCACUUAAAUGGCACAUUGAUUCCAAAAUUGCAAUGAAGAAUGGUAGAAGCUUUUCAGCAGCAGAAGAUGAUAUGGCUGAUGUCUAUCCUUUACAACUUAGGCGCUUCGUUUUGAGAGAAACUAACUCGGUGGGAGUAAAAAUAAGCAAAAAGGACAAUGCAGCCGAACACUUCAGAAGAGCCUGCAAGAUUUUCAGUGCUGAGACUGAGCUAUUGCGCAUAUGGGAUUUUUCUGGGCAGACAACCCUAUUUUUCUCAAGCGAAAAAAAUAUGUUUGUAAAAGAGACUCAGCAGCAGUCAGAGCAGGAGAUUCUCCUUGAGUUGCAAGUUUACGGGUUGUCAGAUUUCAUUAGAAGCAGAGAUGUGAAAAAAGGUGAUGCGGCAGGGAUUCAUCUUAAUGGCACUUCAUUUAUGAUGAAUGGUGGUGCUACCAAUGUGAACUCUAGUUUUGUUCGGGGCAAUUCACCUGCCUUUUGUGGCUGCUUUGGUGAAGUAGGUUCUUUGGGCUUGACAGGAUUACAAAACCUUGGGAAUACUUGUUUCAUGAACAGUGCUCUUCAGUGUUUGGCACACACACCAAAGCUUGUGGACUACUUCAUUGGAGAUUACAAUAGAGAAAUAAAUCAUGACAAUCCGUUAGGCAUGGAUGGUGAGAUUGCUUUAGCAUUUGGAGAUUUGUUGCGGAAGUUAUGGGCUCCUGGAACAACUCCGGUAGCACCAAGAAUGUUUAAGUCAAAACUUGGUUGUUUUGCUCCUCAGUUCAGUGGUUUUAAUCAACAUGAUUCCCAAGAGCUUCUUGCUUUUUUAUUGGAUGGGCUUCAUGAAGAUUUGAAUCGUGUUAAAUGCAAACCUUAUGUAGAAGUCAAGGACGGGGAUGGCCGGCCUGAUGAAGAACUAGCUGAUGAAUAUUGGCAGAACCAUCUGGCUCGCAAUGACUCUAUUAUUGUUGACGUUUGCCAAGGUCAGUAUAGGUCAACACUAGUGUGUCCUGUUUGCAGAAAGGUCUCCACUAUGUUUGAUCCGUUUAUGUAUCUGUCACUACCUUUACCAUCAACAACGAUGCGGACAAUGACUUUGACAGUCAUGAGUACUGAUGGAAGUAGUCCCCCAUCUCCAUUUACUGUUACAGUGUCCAAGCAUGGAAAGUUUGAAGAUCUUAUUCAGGCUUUAAGCACUGCUUGUUCUUUAGGGGUUGAUGAGACCCUUUUGGUGGCCGAGAUAUACAACAAUCGCAUCAUACGCUAUCUAGGGGAGUCAGGUGAUUCAUUAUCCUUAAUUAGAGAUGAUGACCGACUGGUUGCAUAUCGGUUGCCAAAGGAUGCUGAGAAUGGCCCAACAGUUGUAUUUAUGCAUCAGCACGCGGAAGAGUCUUACGUCUGUGGGAAGCUGACAUCAAGCUGGAAGGCGUUUGGGAUUCCUCUUGUAGCAAGUUCUAAAUUUGUUAGUGGAUCUGAUAUCCAUAAUCUGUAUCUAAAAUUGCUUGGAGCAUUCCUAAUACCCAGUGAAGAUUCCACAAAUGAUGACAAUAACAUUGAGAGAACUGCAACUGCAGGACUAACAGAUAUGGAGGAUGCCACAACUCCUGGUUUUCAAGGUGCAGACUCCGCUAAUGGGAAUGAGUUCGACACACAUUCUGAUGGUGCUUUGGAGUUAUAUUUAACAGACGAGAAGGGAACAAUCAGGGACUCUAGGAUUGCAAUGAAUGAGCCAGUGGCAUCCCCAGUUUUGCAUGGGAAGUUGAGUGUGCUUGUUUGUUGGCCAGAUAAGAUGGUUAAGCGGUACAAGACACACCUCCUCAGCUCAUUACCCCAAGUCUUCAAGUCUGAAUUCUUUACAAAAAGACCUCAAGAGUCUGUUUCUCUAUAUAAAUGCCUCGAAGCGUUCUUGAAGGAGGAGCCUCUUGGACUAGAGGACAUGUGGUACUGUCCUGGCUGCAAGAAACAUCGACAAGCAAGCAAAAAGUUGGAUCUUUGGAGACUACCGGAGAUUCUAGUUAUUCAUUUAAAGAGGUUCUCAUAUAGCCGGUUUUCAAAGAACAAGCUGGAGGCAUAUGUUAACUUUCCUGUCCAUGAUCUUGAUUUGUCAACAUAUAUUGCUUAUGGGAAUGGUCAAUCUUGUAACCGUUAUAUGCUUUAUGCAAUUAGUAAUCACUAUGGAAGCAUGGGAGGUGGCCAUUACACUGCAUUUGUCCAUCAUGGGGGUACUAAUCAGUGGUAUGACUUCGAUGACGGCCAUGUUUCUCCCAUUAGUGAAGACAGGAUAAAAACUUCAGCUGCUUAUGUUUUGUUCUAUAGAAGGGUUGCAGAUAGCUAACAUCAGAUUAGGGUUUAUCAAUUGUCGAGACUAGAUCCUCCUUUUUUCAUCGGCUUAGUCUUACGGGUUUUAUUCUAAAAUUAGAGCAUUCUUUUGUAUGUGUGAUUUUUUAGUUUCAAUUGAUUAGUUUCCAACAAAGAAAGGAAGAUUUUUGAGCACUAAAUUGGUGCCAUGGACACUGUAACAUAGUCACAACGGAAGAGGGAGUUUGAUACCAAAGAGCAUCUGCUAGCAUCUAUUAACCCUUGGUAAAAUGAUAUUUUCUUAAAACUUUCCAUUUUUGUAGAAAUCCGAUGGGGUUUGUUUCCUGCUCCCAUGGAAGUGUAUUUCUUGAUUUACUCUAGUGUAUUUGAUUAAUUAUGUUCUUGAAGCUAUUUUCGAAGGAAAUUUCAUUAAUUCCA